UACUGGAAAAAGCAACUGCUGGCGGGCGUUGGGACUCCCUAGCAACACUCUGAGGCUUUUGAAUCUGAGGGCAAGGACUGUGUAAUCAGCGGAUUGUGGAGGAGAUCAGCGCCUAUGCCGCAGGAAGAAAAGGCUGUCAGGAUGGACACUCCACACACUGAAGAAUCCUUAGAUAAGCAGGACAAAAAAACAGAAAAACAGGAAGAGGAGACGGAGUAUAAGGAACUGGAUGGGCUGAGGGAGGCCUUGGCAAAUCUCCGGGGACUGUCCGAGGAGGAGAAGAGUGAGAAGGCGAUGCUUCGCUCCCGCAUCCAUGAGCAGUCCCAGCUCAUCUGCAUCCUGAAGCGGAGAUCAGAUGAGGCGCUGGAGCGCUGCCAGGUCCUGGAGCUGCUCAACACAGAGCUGGAGGAGAAGAGGAUGCUGGAGGCUGAGAAGCUGAAGGCCAAGAGCAAGCAUGUCCAGAAGCUGGAGGAACGCUUUAUGACCCUGGCAGCCAACCACGAGUUGAUGAUCCGCUUCAAGGACGAACACAAGAAUCAGAACAUCAAGCUUAGGGAGGAGAAUGAGAUGCUGAGGCUGGAGAACGACAGCCUCUUCAGCCAGGCUCUGAAGGACCAAGAGGCCAAAGUGCACCAGCUCACUGCCAAGAGCGAGGCGCUCUCCGAGGAGCUGGAGACCCUGAAACAGAGGUGUGUUUGGGAAGCCCAGCAGGCACAAGCCAGAGAGAAGGAGCUGCUGGAGCUGCAGAGCCAGCAGGCCUGUGCCCACACUAAAGAGACAGAGCAGCUGCGGAGCCAGCUGCAGAGCCUCCAGCAGCAGCACCAGCAGGUCGUGGAGCAGAUGGCCGCGGAGGAGCAGGCGCACGGUAGCCUGAAACAGGAGCUGCAGGCCAGACUGCAGACAGUCACUCACGAGAAAGAUGAGCUGCUGCAACUGUCCAUGGAAAGGGGCAGGGCACUUCAAAACAAGCAAGCAGAGAUCCGCCAGCUCGAGGAGAAGCUGGAGAGGGCAGAUGCGGCCAGGAGGCAUGCGCUAGAGAGGUUUGAACAAGAGGCCAUGGCCGUGGACAGUAACUUGAGAGUGCGAGAACUCCAGCGCAGGGUAGAUGGGAUCCAAAAGGCCUAUGAUGAACUCAGGCUGCAAUCUGAAGCCUUCAAAAGGCACAGUCUGAGCCUUUUAAGCAAGGAGAGAGAACUCAACGCAAAACUCCGCCAUCUCUUUCCAUAGGAAGCUUCUCUUUCCUCUUUUCUCUAAAUUAGAAUGUAAAUAUUUGUGCCUUAGUGCUAUGUUUACUAUACGUUUAAGCACAAAAAGCAACUCGAAGAAAAGCUGCUUCACUACCAUAUUGCGGUUGUUAACUAUUGUAAGGCUAACGCUAAUUUUCACUCUUACUUUCUAGAAUACACAAGAUUUACUCGAUUUCUUUCUGCGCCUUUGAAAUCCUCUAAAGUUUGCUAUCAUUAUCUCUACCUUCCUCAUAACCUAUUCAUUCUCAACCUCAGAUACUUUUGUAUAGCCUAAGAUUUUAAAUCAGUGUCUCCCAUGGGCUUAAGGGAAUCUGAAAAGCAAUGAGAUGUGCUAUCGUAAAAAUAAUUUAGCGUAGUUUCUCCUUGUAGACGGGUAGGCUUGUAGUCUCCCAUAAUUGAAAUUAUAAGCUGUAAUAUUAAUAGUAUAAUAAUAGCAUAGAGAACUUACAGGAAAAGGUGCACAUUUUGCAACUGGCCAAACAGUUGCUUGCUUCAUCUGCUUUACAAAGGUAUCCUUCUGAUUUUAUUUUACUUGCAUUAGUUUGGAAAUCAGCAAGUUCUUUACCGAAGGAGGCAAACUUUAUUACAGUCAUUCUGUAUGACAAAAAGAUUCAAAUAAGUGGAAUCAACCAGUUUGUAUUUUUCCUGCAAGCUUAGAUCACAUUCCAUUUUCUUCAUUUUUUCCCUUAAUAAAAACAAUAUAGAGGUGCAAGGUUGCAAA